AUGCAGAUUUUUGUCAAGACUCUCACGGGCAAAACCAUUACGUUGGAAGUCGAGCCCAGUGACACUAUCGAAAAUGUUAAGGCCAAGAUCCAGGACAAGGAGGGCAUUCCCCCGGACCAGCAACGUCUGAUCUUCGCCGGCAAACAACUGGAGGACGGACGCACACUCUCCGACUACAACAUCCAGAAGGAGAGCACCCUCCAUCUGGUACUCCGCCUGCGUGGUGGCGAGAUAUUCUAA